UUGGCUACGAGCGAAAAGGCGACAGGUGGCUGUGGAACCCGCUCAGCUGAGGCAGUUCGCCUCAGAGCUGGGAAAAGCUUUGUUCAGGGAAUGAUUGGAAAAGCGCUCCCCGUUGACCUUGGCUGCCCAUAACCCGCAAAAUCUGUUUCCACUCACGUCUUUAAUAUUUUACUCCAAUUCCCAUUUAGGGAAAAAGAGGCUGGGACUAUAGGUGGCUAGUACUUAAACAGACUCUAAACUAUGAAGAAUGGCUCACAGCAGACAUUUUCUUGCUUGUACUGUCUGUAAGAAAUCAUCUGUAAAUUCAUCUGAGCAGAAGAAUAAAACAAUUCAAGGGGAUUUUGUGCAGCUGUUCCCACUAGAAGUCACCUUGAAGAUUUUUAGUGAACUUGACAUCCGGAGCUUAUGCAGUGCUUUGAUGACAUGCAAGAGCUGGAACCAUACCAUUGAAAAUUGUGAUCAGUUAUGGAAACAACAUUGUUUAAGUGUCAGAGCUGUUUGCCAGCGAGAGAUUGAUGGUGACAGAGGAAAUGGGUAUUCAUGGAAGGUCACACUCUUGAGAAAUUAUUGGAAAAGCAAAGUGAAGUAUGAAUGGCUCAGUGGAAAAUAUAGCAAUAUUCAUUCCUGCAGUGGUUUGCCAGAAAAAAGUAUGUAUCCUAUGGAUGCUGAUACCUGGGGAGAAAUCCUAGAAGCUGAACUGGAAAGAAAAGAGGCCCAUUUAAGAGUCUUAUACAGAAGAAACUAGAAUUGAACUUAUCUUUAAAAAUAUUGCCCUGUAUCUGUAUGUGAAUUUUUAUAUUUGUU